UGACUGAGAUCAUUAAGUAAAUAAACACUGCGAAAAUUGAAAUUUUUGCGUUGUUUUAUUUUUAAGUUUUUGUUUCACUUUUUACACCGUAUACUAUGGAUAAACCUCAGAUAAUUUUACAUGCCAAUGUUCCUGUGAAUCAUACAAUAUUUGAUACUAAGUGGAUACCAAUUAGUACGAAAUUCAUUGCUCUUGGUACACAUCCUAAUGGGACGGGUUCAUUGCAAAUAUAUGAAAUUUCCAGCGGUAAAGUUCAGUUAGUUAGCGAUAUUACUAAACCAAAAGGGUUUAAGUGUGGGACCUUCGGGGCAUCUGGUCUUCAUCAGCGACAUUUAGGUACUGGAGAUUUUGAAGGCAAUUUACAAAUCUGGGACCUGGAUAAGAGUGAAGUUCCUAUUUAUUCCGUAAAAGCUCAUUCACAGAUAAUAAAUGCAAUUGAUGGUGUUGGAGGCUUAAAUAUUGGUGCUGGAGCUCCAGAAAUUGUCACAUGUAGUAGAGAUGGCAGUGUUAAAGUUUGGGAUCCACGUCAAAAAGAUUUACCUGUAGCAACAAUGGAACCAGAGGCAGGUCAUGACAAAAGAGAUUGCUGGACUGUUGCAUUUGGAAAUGCUUACAAUAAUGAAGAAAGAGUUAUUUGUGCUGGGUAUGAUAAUGGAGAUAUAAAAUUUUUUGAUUUAAAAAAUAUGUGCCUUCGUUGGGAGUACAAUUUGAAAAAUGGGGUAUGCUGUGUUGAAUUUGAUCGCAAAGAUAUUGGUAUGAAUAAAUUAGUUGCUACAACAUUGGAAUCAAAAUUUCAUUUGUUUGAUAUGCGAACAUACCAUACGAAGAAAGGAUAUUCUUCAUUGCUGAAAAAAGCUCAUAAAUCUACUGUUUGGCUUUGUCGUCAUCUACCCCAGAAUAGAGAUAUAUUUAUGACAACAGGAGGCUCAGGAUCUCUUUGUUUAUGGAAUUAUGAAUACCCAUCUAAGCGUUAUAAUGAAGAAGGACCGUCUAAAAUUGGUGUUACGGGAGAUGCCCAUUUACUCCAAGACAGUGUGAUAGCACCCCAACCAAUUUCAGGAUUUGAUUGGAACUCAGAUAAGCUGGGUCUUGCUGUGUGUAGCUCUUUUGAUCAAUCAUUGUAUGUUUUGAUAGUUACAAAACUUAACACUAUAUAAAACAGGCUUAUUAUUCCAAGCAUGCACUGCCAAUAUGCUUCUAUGCUGAACUGAAGAUCUAGUCAAUAGGAAGUAGAAACAGUAUUGGCUCAUUGAAAACUCGUUGUCUUUUGCACAAUUUUAUAGAGAAAAAUGUAUGUUUAAUUUUUCUAACGCCGUUUGCACUCAUUCAUUUUUUACUGACGUCAUUUGCACCUAUGCAUCAUUCAUUCUUUGUCAAGAUCUUUAAAUUUUUUUUUUUAUCAUUUACCAUAUCCUCACUUGUGUUCUGUUGUUGACUAAAUGCCUAAAAUGUUUUGGGUUUAAUUUGUAUAUUUUUGUUAAUUUUUCUUUUGUUUAGAAUGUCUGACAAUAUAAAUAGUUCUGCUUUUAUUUUAAUAUGUCAGUUACUUCUUAUUGAAAUUUAUAAUGUAAAAUGAGACUCUUUCAUUGUCACUUAUUGCCUUUAUAUGUUAUUUUAAAAAUAUGUAUUACAAUUAUUUGACUUUAGUAUAGUAGCUUGCUAAAAUUUCUAUUUUGCUAUCACUUAUCCUCAAAAAGUUACAUUUAUAGUCCUUAUUUUCAUAAUACUAAAAAAUUCUGUCCACGGGAGCAUAAUGUGUCUUCUCUAUUAUAAUGAUAAUAUAGUUGAGAUAUAAAUGUGACAAUAAGUUUUGAGUUAUCAAUCAUUAUGAAAACAUUUAACAAGCUAUUUUUAAACAACUGAUUCUGCUCAAAAAUUAGUUAGAGUCGUAUCAGAAAAGCUAUGAAUGGCUAAAUCAACUAAUCAAUAUUUAAUAAGUCAUUUUUCUUUAAUUUAGGAAAAAAAAGAUAAGUAUUAUUUAUUUUAAAGCAAGAUUUAAAGUUAUUUUUUAUUUUUGAAAAAUACAAAGAAAAAAUUCUUUUUCACUGCCUUACUUUAGUUUAUAGAUUUUGUCAGGUAAAGUGACAGUGCUGUGAGGGGGGGGGGACUAACAAAAUAAUAAGAUAUCCACUUUACCUUUUGCAGAUUUUUAAGUUAUGCUAUGUACAAGCUGGUUUGAUUAGAUCGAUGAAAGUUGACCCACUACAAAAUUUAUAAACUGCAAUCAAUUUGUGGUUGCCCCCUUUUUACAUGGUGGAUGCUACAAAGCAGGGGAUCAGAUGAUGUGAAGACCACCCCUUUGGUCAGCAGAGAGAAAGAUAAGGAUUGAUUGAUUUAUGAAGAAUUAGAAUGCAGAAAGCCUUAUCUUUAAAUUUGUUCUUGUGGAGUAUAACAUUUCUUUUCGUGUGAUAUCUAGUUUCAUUGAGGAGAAUCGAGCCUUCUUGUGUGCAGCCUUACUUUAAAAAUAUUUCUGGUUACGCAAUGCAAAUUUUUGUACUUUUUCUAUUGUUAGGUUUACUCAUUUUCAUGAUUUUCCUAGUUUAAAAAACCAUUUAACAAAAAAUAAUUUGAAUUAUUUUUCUUGAAUACUUUAUUCAGGAACCUUGCUAAAAGGUUCCCCAAUCGUACUUGUACCCAAAGUUGACGAAUCAUGGAAAAUACUGUAUCAUAUCCUUUAAAUUAGAAAAAUUUACUCGCUUGUAUACAAUUUUGCUGAAACCUUGUUACAGUAGUAUUUUAUAUUUAUUAUUUGUUUUCUGCUCAUCUCUUUUAUUUUGUUCUAUUACGAUGAGCAUUAUCAAAAGUUAUGUUUCUGUUUUGGAAUUAAUUUUCUUUGCACUACCGAGUAUUUCACAAGUUCCUUUCCACUUCUUUUUGAUAAAGUAAAUGCUUUUUUCCUUUAAUGCCUAUGAAAUUUUCUUCAUUUGGUUUCAAAUAUCUGUAAGCUUGUCAACAAACAUAAAUGAUAACAUUUUUAUGAGGUUUCUUAAAAACCAUUAAAAGCUAUUUUAUUUGUCAUUUUUGCUUUUAAUAUUCAUAUAUGUUUUAUUUCAUUUGGUUUUAUAUUCUCUUUGUGCGCAAUAUUGUAUGCGGAAUUUGGUCAUUCUUACUCAAGAUUAAUUAAUUGUAUGCUCUUCUUGGGUGGUAUGGUAUUUUUUAAGAGCUCAUCUUAACAUACUUGCCAGAAAUAAAAUAACAGAGAUUUUACUUGUGACGUUUUCAUGGGCUACAUGCACAGUUUUGAUACAUCAUGCAUAAUCAUGUAAGUCAAACAGAGAAAAUCAAAAUUGGAAAUAAUAUAAGCACUUACAUUUAUCGAAGUAAAAAAUAGGUAUAUAUAUCUUAAUCUAAAAAAGAUUUUUAAACCAUUAUUCAUAAUUACUAACAUAUAAACACUCUACAUCAAAAUAAUUUUCAUAAAUUCAUAUUUCGAACAUAAGUACCUGAUUUGGUUUUGGAAAUUUUUAUGAAGAAUCUGUUUAUAGGGGAGUUACUAGGGGAAAUUACUUUUCAUCAGAAAAUUCUGAGCAAAUUUUUAAAAAUAAUUUCUCUCUCACUCUGCAUUGCUAAGUGGAAUACAUUGGAUACCUGAUGUAACACCUGCUAUAUUUUUGAACUGUUUUUUUUUAUAAAGUUCAUUUUCUAGUUGCCAAACUGGUACCCACAAUAAAUGAUUAUGAAAAAAGAAAUACUUUUAUGUUUUGACGAUUGGUAAAAAUACAAUGCAAACAAACAAAGUUAUUGCCAAAUUCCCGCAGGUAAAUAACGAAGUUCGUUAUCGGAGAAAAAAAUUCACUGAAUAAACGACUUACAGCAGUAUUCUAACUAUACUGGUUUGGUCGGCACAGCCAUGUAAGAACUACAGUAGUGCAACAGUGCCAUCUGUUGAGAAAUAAGAUAAGUAUUUUUGUUAUUAGCGGAUAUUUAUCGCUAAUUUUUUUAUUUUUAAAUAGUCGUAAAAUACGGAAGUCUUCGUUAAAAAACAGGAGACUUGGCGGGUAUGUCUAGAGAGAAAUUUUGUGUAUUGAAGCUUAAACGAAUUCAUGUUAACUGACAUAACUUCAUUGUUAGUUCCAAAGUGAUAUAAGUCUCUUUAUGAUAAAAUAAAAUGAUCUUUCAAAACUUAUUAUGUCAUAAAAAGUUCCUAUCAAGUAUCAAUAUCACAAUUUAUUUUUCCUAAUUCUAGAAUAUAAUUAGUUCCUCUGUAAAUCGAUUGCUAUUUCAAUUAGUUUCCUUUUAAAAAUAUGCCUCCUGACUAUACUUGGAUAUUCAAGGCAAUCAUGUUGAAAAGUAACAUUCUUUGUACAUAUCAACUAGUAAUAAAAUCAUUUUUUAGUUUGUUU